AUGGCCUCCACCUCACUAGCUUCACAGAACAUCGUCUCCUCCGCGUCAACAUCCUACUCCUUUCGACGCAGGUUAUCAAAGCUGGGAUUCGCCCACGAUUGCGGCGCCAGCAAAGGUUAGAUUACGUUCUCGUCGGGAAACGAAAUUGACAGGAUGCGUUGAUCAUUAGAGCGAACAGUGCCGCCCACGGUUGAAGGAGUAACCGCAACGACGUCUCUAAAAUGAGGCACUAACUGCGAGGAAUUCAGAGACCUCACAAACCAUCGUUUCACUGCGCCCAGUUUUCAAACAUAGCUAUGGGUAUCAUAGGCGCGAUUAUAAGAUCCUUCGUCAAUUUUGAUGAAGAACUUUUCGGCUAGUAUUUGGCGCAUAGGUCCGACCAAUGUGGGAAUAUUGUGCUCAGGCAUGGUGUCCCUGCACGAAAAAAGAUUACACCUCACUGGAGAAUGCACAACGAAGAGCGACGUAGCUAGUCGGCGGAAUCAGUUGUGUACCUUAUGAGAGACGGCUGGAGAAGCUAAACAUAUUUACUCUCUCUUAUAGGCAGUACAGAGGGGACAUGAACAUGGCCUUCAGGAUCGUCCGAGGGCUGGACUGUGCUCCUCUGUUUGGCGAUACCUUCAAACCACCGCGGACGACUAAUCUUCGAGUGCACCAUUACAAAUUGAAGACUAAAUAUGCCAAACUCGAGUUGCGGGCAAAGUUUUUAUCCCACCAGCUGUUUGGCGGAUAGAAGAAAUUGCCGAACUCCGUUGUCUUAGCGGAAAACGUUGAGAAUUUCAACAGAAGACUAGAUAAAUUUAUUCUUGCUAGUCAAACAUUUGCAUGAUAUCAAUGACUGUCAUACCUGUCAUCUGAAUGUCUGCAUAUUUUUCCUUACAUCAAUCUGUAAAUAGGGUUUUCCAAGGCUCUGACUCUAAUCUUCAAAUAUACUAAAUUAUAGUGAAUUAUACAUCUACAGGGAAUUUUACAUCCUCUAAUAAGCAAUGUAUUCAAGAGUCACAGCGCACGCACAUUGUGCAGUAAAAGAAUCAGAAAAAAACGGACACGAAGAUAUUAACAAAUGAUGUCUGAGUGAGCAGUAGUUAAAGGAAUGUCUCAUAAACGGAAGGCUUUCAACAUAUGCAAGAAGGAAAAGAGUGUAGCAGCCGUGCCAGUCCCCUUUUCUCCGGCUGCGUUUUGUCGGUCGAUGGCCGCGACAAGCUGUUGACACACAGCGACCCCCGCCGGCUAACACUCAGACACCUCCGGUCAAACUUCAGUGACUUUCGGCUGACCUCACAAACUUUCAUCACCUCACGCGCGUCUAACGCCCUGGUUUGAUACCCAUGAGGCAUUGUGUGCUUGCGCCCCCUAUUCCUCCACUAAUUUGUCCAAUCACACGACCAACACUCAGCCGGUCACCCCUCCUGCUGACCUAGAAGCACACCCGCGUAAACAACAGACACACCGUGACUGACGCUCUCCGUGGACGGACGCUUUUCCCUGUUGCAAGCAAAUCGACAACUUACGGCAACCUGCACUGUGUACAGAAUAAACUAGUCCUCACAGCUCCCUGACUUUUGACAGUAGACGAAACGAACUUAAUGUGCGUGGUUUAAGUCGAUCUCACAUCCUUGAUCGCCACAAAUUGGUGAACCCUAAUUUCCGAACACUGGAAUUCCGCAAACUUUUCGUCCACAACAACAAUCUCCGGGCAACCUACAGCGCGAUGUCCCAAGACUAGAAGUCACUCAUCAACUCAAAUUCUCAAGGACCUAGCGUACGCUUGGAUCGGCUCGAGGAGGUAUUAAUGCGCCUGAAAGCCCAGCUCACUGUAGUUACCACUAACGGCCCGCGGCGAACACCAAACCGUCGCCGUACUUCCUCCGUUUCCCACACCCGCCGUUCACAAUCUCCAAGUAGCGUCUGCUGGUAUCACCAACAAUUUCGAGGAGCAGCUCGACGAUGUCUUCAGCCAUGCUCUUUCAAGGCAUCUGUUACGGCCUCAGGUAGACGAUCCCACCAGACAGUAGAGGCCACUGCUACUGAAAGCGUUGCCAAUCUUCACACUCGCCGUCUGUUUCUCUGGGACCGUAUCGUUGGCGCCAAAUUCCUUGUCGACUCUGGUGCCGAGGUUAGCGUGGUUCCACCAACUCCGGCCGAACGUAAAAACUCACAGCUCUUUUUGUCUAACAGCUGCCAACAACUCCAGUAUCCCCACAUUUGGACAGCGUUCCAUCACACUUAAUUUGGGCCUUCAUCGAAUUUUCCGAUGGGUUUUCAUUAUUGCCGACGUUUUCGUCGCACUCAUAGGCGCCGAUUUCCUAGCUCACUUCAAUCUUCUAGUUGAUUUGAAUAAUCGCCGACUCGUUGACUGCAUUACCGACCUUCAUGCCUGUUGUCAAUCCGAUGUGACCCCGUGCGUCAACCCUCUUACUGUUAUGCUCAUUUCUGACUGUCCUUUCCACUCACUCCCCAGGCAGUUUACCCGCCUGACCAACUCCUCAUUUCGAGAAGUGGACAUCAAAAACACAGUCACCCACCAUAUUUCCACCACCGGACCUCCCAAAUCUUGCCGACCACGUCGUCUUGCUCCGGACCGUUUGAAGAUUGCCAAGGCAGAGUUCGAACACACGCUCGAGCUCCGCAUCAUCCGACAGUCCGACAGCUGCUGGCAUCACCCUCCAUCUUGUCCCCAAGAAGAGCGGCGACUAGCGACCGUGUGGCGACUAUCGGGCUGUGACUGUCCCCGACCAGUAUCCCGUUCCGCACAUCCAAGACUUCACUCUUUCGCUACAUGGUAAGCGAAUAUUCUCCAAGAUUGACCUUCUGCGUGCCUACCACCAAAUCCCAAUCGAAGCCAGUGAUGUGCCGAAAACCGCAGUGACCACUCUCUUUGGGUUAUUCGAAUUCACUCGUAUGCCCUCUGGACUGAGGAAUACCACCCAAACCUUUCAGCGAUUCAUUGAUCAGGUUCUGCGAGGUCUCGACUUCGUCUACGCCUACAUUAAUGAUUUGCUGGUGGCUAGCUCUGACGCUGCUGAACACGAGGUUCAUCUUCGACAACUCUUCGAACGACUCGACUCCUACGGCGUUAUCAUCAGUGCUGCCAAAUGUGAGUUUGGAGUCCCCAGUCUUAUCUUCCUUGGUCACGAAGUGAACUCAGAUGGGAUAAAGCCCGUCCCGGAAAACGUUUCGGCCAUAUCAACGUUCCCCGUCCCGACAACCAUCGAUCAACUACGCCGAUUCUUGGGAAUGGUGAACUACUAUCACCGUUUUCUUCCCCAUGGUGCCACCAUACUGCAGGCACUCAACAGCCUUUUGACCCACUCCAAUAAGAUACUGGUGAUGACCGAGGAGGCCGUCAAGUCCUUCAAUGACGUCAAGGCCGCACAUGCGAGCGCAACACUACUAGCCCACCCCCGCGCUGAUGCCCAACUAACUCUCAUGACAGAUGCUUCCAGGACCGCCGUUCGUGCAUCACUGCAGCAAACUGUUGGUGGUGUUCUAAAACCUCUGGCUUUCUUCUCGAAGAAGAUUAGCCCAGCAGAGACCCGCUACAGUGUCUUCGGCCGAGAACUGCUCGCCGUCUACCUAUCCAUCCGGCCCUUUCGCCAUUUCCUCGAGGGUCGUGAAUUUGUUGUUCUAACAGAUCACAAGUCACUCGUAUUUGCAAUGAGGGCCUUUCCUGAUCGAUACUCGCCCCGAGAAAUACGUCAUCUUGACUUCAUCUCACAGUUUUCCUGCAACAUCCAACAUGUCCAUUGUAAGGAAAAUAUGGUUGCUUAUGCUCUUUCAAGAAUCGAGAUGGCUUCCAUCACAACUGACGCCACAGACUUCACACUCAUGGUUGAGGCUCAGCGAUCGGAUGACGACCUCUCCCAAUACCGCCACAUGAACUCUUCUUUACGCCUUCAAGAUGUCCCCCUUCCCACUGGCACUGACAUCAUAACGUGUGAUCUUUCUACCGGACAUGAACGUCCCUUUGUCCCUGCAACUUUACGACGAUAA